UAUAAUACUAAAGCGCCCGCUCAACCGUUGCAACAAAGUCAAGUGUUUGCUCCUCCACCGGAUCAACAAAGACUUUUACAGGAAUGUCAGCAAUUGAUUGUUCAACACCAACAAUACGCUUUGCAAAAUCCCACUGACUUACAUAACCAAAAUCAACUUGGAAGUUUACAACAGCUCUCUGAAGCUAUUCAGAAAGCGCCUCUCACAAGUGAUCAAAUACAACAAGUUCGGCAAUUUUUUGCUACGCAGUUAUCUGUCCCUUCAGCAGCACCCACUCAAACUUCCAAUAUAACUCGUAGCCUUGCUGGUUCUAUUUCUUUUACCGUACCAAUUCUUAAUCCACCCGUUGCUACACCGGUUUCUAUGGCACCAGCAUCUGUAGUACCACCAUCCGUUUCAUCACAUGGCGCUCUUGUUCCCGACCCAAAUGCACUGGUAAAAAAUUUGAUGGAUUUCGGCUUACUUGGAAGUGGAAACAUGGUUGGAGGUGCGGGUGGCACUGUUACAUCCGCUAAUGUAGGUGGAUUUGUUGGCGGAAAUACCCCUACUCCACCCCCGUCAGGUCCUACGACUAGUGAUGCUCAUAUGCAUGUAAAUGAUUUAGAAAAAAUCCAAUUAACCAGCAAUGACAUUCAACGUAAGCGUGAUGGUGUUAUCGCAAUAUUAUAUGACGCUUUGCCUCUUCAAUGCAAGCAAUGCGGCUUUCGGUACGCCAGGAAUGAAGGAGGUAAGGCGAAAAUGGAUGCUCAUCUUGAUUGGCAUUUUCGCCAAAAUCGCAGAAUGAAAGAAAAGGCCAAGAAAGCACAGAGCCGAAGUUGGUUUGUUAAUGAAGAGGACUGGAUUCACUCACGUGAAGCGGAAAUAAAAAGCACACAAUCGCCAGCUUUCUUUGACUUUGAAAAUGCCAAUGCUGCUAAGGGCACGGUGGCUUCGCAACCAAAAAAGGACGAGGUGGUCAAGGAAUCUACGGUUAUUGUUCCGCUUGAUCCUGAAAGAGCUGGUAGGCCUUGUACUAUUUGUCAAGAAAAGUUUCAAGUUUUCUGGAAUGAUGCAGAUGAAGAAUGGCUGUUUAGAAAUGCUAUAGAAGUUGAAGGUGUUAUUUAUCACGCAACUUGUCAUGCAGAUGCUCUUAAGAAUCAAGAAAAUGCACAAUCAAGUGGCAAUGCAACAUCAAGUACUGUUCUUGGAAAACGAAAACCCGAUUCGUAUUUAAUUUAG